AGUGAGAGAAGCUGGAGAAAAUGGAAACAGGAGCCGCUCUUAAGAGAGCCUUGGUUGUAGAACUAAGCAAGGACAUUAGCAUUAAUUCCAGAUCUAUUCGUCUGUGAUCUUCCUCCCUGUCUUUGAGGUCUUGACAUAGAGGUCUGAGCAGACGUCGUAGGUUCCUGGGCAGAAAAGCAGUUGACCAGGCUCAUGACAGCGUCUCCUUUAAGAGGCGGGGCCGGAACUGGCAAAGGGUCCUUUACUUUCUACGUGUAGGGGGCGGAGCUUGGAGAUAGUCCUUGUAGCAUGGCUGCCGGCACUGCCGCUGACUUGGCGUUUCUGAGCGAGGAGAACCGAACCCGGGCUGGGGGUGUCGGGAGUCUGCGGGUCCCGGUCACUAUGGACAGUUUUUUCUUCGGCUGUGAGCUCUCCGGCCGCACCCGCUCCUUCACCUUCAAGGUAGAGGAAGAGGAUGAUGCAGAACACGUGCUGGCAUUGACCAUGCUCUGCCUCACUGAGGGAGCCAAGGAUGAGUGUAAUGUGGUGGAAGUGGUGGCCCGGAACCAUGAGCACCAGGAGAUUGCAGUCCCGGUGGCCAACCUCAAGUUGUCCUGCCAACCCAUGCUCAGUUUGGAUGACUUCCAGCUCCAACCACCUGUAACCUUCCGCCUGAAGUCAGGCUCUGGCCCUGUGCGUAUCACUGGGCGACACCAGAUUGUUACUAUGAACAAUGACAUUUCUGAGGAGGAGGAGAGCGAAGAAGAGGUGAGUGAGGAGGAGACUGAGUUGUACUCCAUCCUGCCUGCCAAGAAGAAGAGGGGCAGGCCCUAGCCCUCCUUGGUCACCUGCCUGCCUGCCACGUGUGCCAUGCACCAUGUUCCUCAACAAGUUGCAAGAAUUUUCAGUGUUUCCUCUGCACUGAAGAGGAAGGUUUGGGCACAGGGGUGGGGGGAAACUUGGGCCAGUGCUAAGAAAGGGGCCCAUUUUUCCUAGUCCUACAUCAUGCUUCCCUUUUCUCUAGGGGUGGGAGGUACUCUGAAUUUCUGUUCGGAUCCUCUCUCUGCCUCUUCCCAUGAGGAUUGGAGGCAGGAGCUGAAGCUCAGGAUACACAUUUUUAACAAUUUUUACAUUUUUGAAUAAAGAUUGAAAUAAA